GGGCACUUGGCUCUUUCUCCCCCUCUUUUACUGCCUCCUAUUCAAAUUUGGGUCAGGGGUGAGGAUUUCUCACGUCACACAAGCAAGAUGGCGCUCGGAAAGCUGUGAGAUGUGAACAGAGGAUGGCUGUUUAAAGACAUUCAGUCGAUGUAUUAAGGUUUCAUAGGUGAAGACACAGAAGUUGGAAAUGGAAUUGCCAAAUCAUGCCAAACAAUUGCUGCUGCAGCUAAACCAACAAAGAGCCAAAGGUUAUCUGUGUGAUGUGAUCAUAGUGGUAGAAAACGCCCUGUUUCGGGCACACAAGAACAUUCUGGCAGCCAGCAGUAUCUACUUCAAAUCCCUCAUCCUUCACGACAACUUGAUUAACCUUGACACAGACAUGGUCAACCCGUCGGUUUUCCGACAGGUCCUAGACUUCAUUUACACUGGCAAGCUUUUGUCCUCAGAUCAGUUCAGUGACCACAAUUUCAACGCCCUGUUAACGGCAGCAAGCUACCUCCAGCUUCAUGACCUGGCUGCUCUCUGCAGAAAGAAGCUCAAACGCAAUGGUAGGUCCCUCCUCAGCAAACCCACCACUCCUACCAACGGUAGAACUUCUAGAAACCAAAGGCUGUCCUCCACACCCGUAACUCCAAACCAAAUGUCAGGGUUAAAAGACUGCGAGAAGGCCAAGAGACACGACGAUCUGCUCAAAGACGACCUGUCCGAAGAUGAGAUGUUCCCGAGAAACGCUCACUGUGUGACUGCGAUGAGUCCAUCCACGAGUAAGAACGGAAGCAACGGCGGUUGCGGCAUCCAGGAACUCGGCCUGGACCUUUCCAAGAAAAGUCCCUCAGGGAGCACGGCCACCGAAGAAGUGAGUCCCAGCAGCAUCCCGCAGGAAUCGCCUCAGUCUGCCUCGGAAUCCACACCCAACAGUGCCUCGUUCGAAGAGAACGCCAACAUGCAGAACCUCGCCGGCGGGGAGCCCAUGGAGUUGGGAGGAGAAGGAGAAUGUGAAGAGAGCCAACCUCCUCCGGACAUAGACCAGCGUAAAAGCUCCCGUCAUGUGGCGCGACAAAGGCGGCAGGCCAAAGGAGAAAGCAACAAAGGUGAAGAUGUCGAACGAGGAACUUUACCCAACGGUGUCGCCAAAAGAUUGAACGUUGCCGGCGAAAGACUCCCUGGUGGAGGGAAGGGCAACUCUGAAACAUCCUUCCAGUGUAAAGAGGAAGAGGAGGGCUUGGAGAACGGACAAGAACAGAGCGAAGACAGCGGACACAGCGAGAGCGAAGGCGGAAGGAACAGCGCCAAUUACGUUUACCGUCAGGAAGGCUUCGAGCCGGCACUCGGCGACAACCUGUACGUCUGCAUCCCCUGCGGCAAAGGCUUUCCGAGCUCGGAGGAGCUGAACGCUCACGUGGAGACUCACACGGAGGAAGAGCUAUACAUCAAAGAAGAGGACGACGAGUCCUAUCCAAAGGAAGAUGAAGUAGAGGCCGAAGAUUUGUCUUCGCAGAUCAGUCACGGCCACGGCACGGAGUCGCGACGAUUCAGCUGCUCGGUCUGCAACAAGAGCUACAAAGAUCCGGCCACUCUCCGGCAACACGAGAAGACCCACUGGCUCACACGUCCCUUCCCCUGCAACAUCUGCGGCAAGAUGUUCACUCAACGCGGCACCAUGACGCGCCACAUGCGCAGCCAUCUAGGGCUGAAACCGUUCGCCUGCGAGGAGUGCGGCAUGCGCUUUACCCGCCAGUACCGACUCACAGAGCACAUGCGGGUUCACUCGGGUGAAAAGCCGUACGAAUGUCAGCUCUGCGGGGGGAAAUUUACCCAGCAACGUAACCUCAUUAGUCACCUUCGAAUGCAUACCUCCCCGUCAUAAGCCAAAGACCCCAGGAGCGGCAGACCCUCAAGAAAGAGAGACAACGCACACCUCUUCCUUUAUAGUUUACUGCAGAGUUUGAAGUUUUAAAAACGUGAAGCUGGAUUCUCCUCUGCUUUUAAUGACAGGAGGAGCCAUUCAAACAAGGAUUCACGAAUAAAACGAUCGGUAUGAUUUUAUUGGCUUAAGAUUUCGUUUACUGUGAAUGUAAAACUGGCUACUAAUGCCGUUGUAUUAUCCAACCAGAUGUUAGGACUGCUUUCAACCGCUGCAGUCUAUGCUUUGAUAUGUUGACAUGUUCAGAAUUAUUCCUCCUUUGUUUUUCUUGGUCUUUCUAAACUGGUAUAUGCUGGUAUGUGGAAGGUUUAAGCUUUUAAUGACCAAGUUGUUUUCCACAAGUAUUGCAAAUUCAAAAGGUUUAAAGUGUCUCUAAGGGUCUGAAGAUAGUGUUGUAAGACCAAGACUUGUCUGUGGUCUUUUGUGUGGUAUUUCAUAAAAGCUUUGUGCAUCCAACCAAACAUUUCCCAGUAUGCCUGCUCUGUAUCCAUUGGCUAAUUCUGGCUGUAGCUGGGUCGGGGUUUCCUACUGUAGUUUUGUACCAUAACCAAACCCUUCAUGAUUGUUGAUUAAUCAUAGCAGCGAGAACCAAUAGGAAUAUUUUUACAUCUUUGCAAAUGGAUGCGUUUAGCACAGGGCUACUACAAUUCGCCCCACCUACAUCUGGAUUUAAGCCAAUGGAAACAUGCUGAAGAGAGGCCAUGGGUGGUCUUUUGAGCUGUGUCGUUUACUCUGAAAGAAAAGCCAAACUUAAAGGUACUUGUUUUUAGAUUACUUUAGAUAACUUAUUGAUAUGCUUCUGUGAAUGUUUUAACUGGAAGUUCUAGGGGUUCGGGUUGGGUGAUGGGUCAGAUUUGGGUUUAUUAUUAUCGGUACAGUUUUUUCUUUACUUUUUUUAGUUGUUUUUUCCCUUGACCGAAAAAAUUCAGGUCCAUACGGUCCUGUCACGUUCUACCUCUUAAUUCCUAAGAACAAUACAUUAAUUGGACAAAAUAUGGAGGUCUCUCUAAAUAUAGAUUUAUAAAGUUUGUUGAGGUUUUCUAAAUAGUUCUGCCCAUCCACAAAAGUUUUAAGUUUUUAAAGCAUUAAUGUAGAAAAUAGUUACUUUGGGCACAUGUAUUUAAGGUUUUGAAAGAGUAAUCCAAAGAGAAUGGCUUACCAACAAAGGUUUCCUGUAAAAUAUCCCAACCAAAGGUUUCUGAUUCUGCAGAAGGUACGAAUGUCAUCCAAGUUCUCGACAAAGAGCAAUGUAGUGAGACGUUAAUUUGUACUUGACGUUAACUAAAAACCAAUGAACUUCUUUCCUCUGGUGGUCGAGAGCGUCGUUGAAGUUUACAAUAGUGUCUUUCAAUUUCUUACUCUGUCUACAGAUGAACUUCAGAAGGACUUGUUUAUUUUAGUUCAGACCAAACAGUGCGAGUGUUGUAGAUUUUUGUUACAUAUCUAUCGUUCAUGCUUGGAAGUCUUACCGGACUAAGAAAGCGAUACACAGCCCCCCAAAAAACCUGUUCGGAAAUGACAUUAGUUGUGUGGAAUCAUCUAUUCGUUCGAUUCGAGGUAUCUGUAUUAUGUAAAGUAUGCAUGUUGAAAAGAAUUUAAGGUUAUUCAAAAUGCUGAUAAUUGUAUUGGGUUAUGAGCAAUGUUACAUUGGUCAGGGUUUGGAUAAAUGCUGAUGGAUGUAUUUGAUAUUUUUCAUCUUUAUUACACGUUACGUUUUCCACCGAUCAUGGUGUAUUACAUUCCAUAUGUAGUUUUUAAUGUCUUUUUUGUCAGGUUAUUAUCUCUGGUUCAUCUUCAGUGUCCUGUUUUUGGGGGGCAGCUAUAGUCGUAUUGAAUGGAGCUCUGUUUACACCCUUUUUUCCUGGAAUCCUUUCCCAGUUGUUUUUGUUCACCUCUCAUAACAUUUUUGUGUAAAUUGAAUCAGUUCGAGUCAAUGCACUGAAUUUGUGCUGCGCCUUUCAAGCGUAUUGCAUUAAUAGGUCUGGAAUGGACAAAAUGAUUGAUUUGAGUCACGUGGUUGCAGGCUUUAGGUAAUCCAAAUCAUAUUUAGCUCGAUAAGAGACAGUCUGGAUAUUUAAAAGUCCUUUGAGUUUUUGUUACAGUGCGCUCUGGCAUUGAUAGCUCAACUCAGGGAGAGGUUUUUAUUGAAGGAUUCCAGGAAAAAAUUCCCGUUGAUAUCUUGCUGGUCUACAAGCACUUAAUAUGAACGUUACAGAAUUGAUGUUUUGGGUAAGAUGCUCUGUUGUUGAGUCCAGCGUUUAGAUGAGAGAACGGGAGAAGAGGAAAAAGUAUGACAAAAAGUUUCAAACUGUGACAAUAAUGUUUCUACUUCAAAACUUCAGGGAUAGUUUUGCAUAUUUUGAAAUGUGGAGCUUUCAACUACAUUUGUAAGACUGUGUAUCAAUUUCUGUAUUUUAAUGACGAAAAGCAAAACACUAGUUUUCAUACAGAAUAGAUUUUACGAGAGUAUGUUCCCAUUUCAAAACACUUUAAAAAAAAUAAAAA